AUGUCGGCACUGGAGAGGUUGAAGAAGUUGGAGCGGUUGUAUUUAUGUGGAGCCCCUUACGAUUCCUCAUUGUCAUUGGAGACGUUGUUAGACUCCUUAGUCUGCCUCUACGAUGAAUGUUGCAAUUCAACACUUAGAAGGGAGAAAUCAAUCGCUGAAUUUGUGGAUUAUGGCAAGUUUUUUUUAUUUGUGUUAGUUUUUAGGUAUGUUGUUUCUCAAAAAGUGGCUUCUAUAUUAUUCGAACUGGGUUUUGAUGGUUAUUUGAGUCUAUAUUGACUAUAUUUUUAGUGAGGCCGACGGUGAACCAGGUAAAGGCUCUUCGACUGUCGAGAGAAGACUUUGACGUCCUCAAGGUUAUUGGACGGGGAUCUUUUGGAGAAGUUGCUGUUGUUAAAUUGAAGAAUACUGAUAAAGUAAGUCCCUACUUUCCAUGCUCUGUACAAACUUUAUUAAAUUCUCUUUUUUGGAGAAUAUUGGUUUUACUUUAAUGAAUAACAUAUGUUUUUUAGGUGUUUGCCAUGAAGAUCCUGAACAAAUGGGAGAUGCUAAAGAGGGCCGAGACGGCUUGCUUCAAAGAAGAACGCGAUGUGAUGGUUUUUGGCGAUCGGCAAUGGAUCACCAACAUUCAUUUUGCUUUCCAAGAUGAGAAGAACCUCUAUCUUGUAAUGGAAUAUUACGUUGGUGGCGAUCUGCUAACCUUGUUGUCCAAGUUCGAAGUCCGUCUGCCCGAAUCCAUGACUCGUUUCUAUGUGGCGGAGAUGAUUUUGGCGAUCGAUUCUGUUCAUCAACUCGGCUAUGUGCAUCGCGACAUCAAACCCGACAAUAUCCUGCUGGACCGGUCCGGGCACAUAAAGCUGGGCGACUUUGGAAGUUGUUUGAAGAGACUGCCCGAUGGGACGGUCAGAGCCACGACAGCCGUGGGAACGCCGGACUACAUCUCGCCCGAGACGUUGCGAGCCGUGGAAAGCGGGCAUGAGACGUACGGUGCGGAGUGCGACUGGUGGUCGCUGGGAAUCUGCAUGUAUGAGAUGCUCUUCGGCGAGACUCCAUUUUACGCUGACAGCUUGGUCGACACCUACGGCCAGAUCAUGAAUCACGAGGUGAGAAUUUUUCGGAUGGACAAGAAGAGUAUUUAUUUUACGGAUUGCAAAGUUUUGAGGAGCGUAAAUGGCUUAUAAAGUUGAGUGGAGUAAUAACCCCCGUUUCAGCAAAUGUUUGAGUUCCCGGAGGACAUCGAGAUCAGUGAUGCCGCCAAAGAUCUUGUUUCGAAGUUGAUCUGUGCUCGUGAGCAGAGACUGGGAAAGAAUGGCCUCGAGGACUUUAGAAAUCACCCAUUCUUCGAAGGAAUUGAUUGGCAAAACAUCAGGAAUUGUAAGUUUCAAACUAUUUUGUAUUCAUUUUUAAGGCCAUUCGAUGAUUUGCCUCUCUUUUUAGCAACCGCACCUUAUGUUCCAGAAGUUUCGUCCGAGACGGAUACUUCAAACUUUGACGAAUUCGAAAACGAUUUUACCCCGGUGAACACCCAACCGCCGAAUGUUUCUGCCGCUUUCACUGGCCACCAUCUACCAUUUGUCGGCUUCACUUAUACACAUGGGUCUCAGCUGAGUGAUAUGUGCAACUUGGCGGAAGCAACGUUCGCUGAAGGCACUGAGAGCGUCAAGCCUGAAGCGUUGGAACGUCUGGAGAAUGAGCGUAGUGUACUUCAAAAACAAUUGUCUGGAAUUAUGAAUUCAACGAAGGAUGAAGAGUCUGAAACGUUGAUUGCCCAACUGAAAGACGAAAUACAAAUCUUGAAACGGCGGUUGGAAGACGAAGCUAAUCAGGCCAGGCCUCUGAAAGAAGCAAAUGUCGAAGAUUUGGAGAAGAAGGUCAAGGAUUUGAAGGAUAAGAACCGUCAGUUAAUCCUUGAAAAACAGGACUUGCAAAGAGUAAGGACAAUUUUUUGUUUUGUCAUGUUGUUCUUUAGGAACUCGAAGAUAACGCCGAACGCCUUACUACGUUGACCUCGUCGGAAUCUGAGCUGAGUCAGAAAUUGGAUCAGCUGCAGUCUGAACUCAUCCGUGCCGAAGAAUCGCUUGAUGAAGAGAAGAGAAAUAGAAGUCGCUUGGAAUCGGACCUUCAACAUGUUCAAUCCAACCUGAAGAAAAGUCAGGAAGUUGUUGAAAGCCUGGAAAAUGACAAUCAACGCUUGAAGAAGGCCGCCGAAGAAUUCGAAUUGCAAUCAGAACAUCUCUCAAAGGAACUUGAUGCUCAAAGGGUUACUGUUAGUGUUCUCCAAGCAAAACUUGACGUGGAGAGCUCGAAAGGAGACGAAGGCGAAGAAGUUCAACGAUUAAACAACGAGCUGCAACGACUGCAAGAGCAUUUCAACGAACUCCGAACGGCCGAAGAGGUUAAACGCGCGGAGAUCGUAGAAAAUUACAAAAAGGAGGCGGAGGAAUUGCAGACCCGGAUAAAGAGGUUGGUUGUUGAGCACGAGGAACAGCAACAGAGAUUGGAAUCACAAUCUCGAGAGAAAAUUGAGGAUCUGGAAAGCGGAUUAGGCAAAAAGAUCUCGGCUUUGGAAGCAGAGAUCUACUCUUUGAAGCAAGAAAACGCAAAUCUGAAGCAGGACAAUGAGAACUUGGAAAAUAGACUGUAGGAUUAAUUGUUUUGAAAACCGUUUUUUAAGAUCUUUGGUAUUUAUUCAAUUGUUCGCAUUUUUAGCCAGCACGCUCUCCCACAAUUCAGUCAAGAGGAGAUGGAGGAGCUGCUUCGAAUGGUCAGCGACGAAAAGGAAGCCCGCGAACACUUGCAAGGCCUCGCCACUCGGCUCGCAACUGACAUGGAGGCCCUGGCUCAGCACUCCAAGUCCCCGUCGACCCCAACGAAUGGACAGAAACAAAACAUAUACUCGAAUAGUCCGUAUGGAACAAGUGACAAGGCAUGGGGCUCGAGAAGGAUGACCAAACAGGCCAAAUAUGGAAGAUUUGAAGCACAGCAACAAUUAGAGGCCGAGAUCAGAGCAAAACAACAAUUACAAGAAGAGCUAAGGAAAAUGCGCGCGAAGUACGACGAAAUGGAGAAGAAUUUACAUGUUACGCGGAGAAAGGUAUUUUCUGUAAAUUCAAUCUGAUUUUGUCUUCUGAGUUUAGGUACAAGAGUUGGAGCGGUACGAAAGCGAGUGCCAAGUCCUCCGAGAACGACAGAACUCCGAAUUGAGCCCGGUCGCUGAAAACAACCAUCUAAUUAAUCCCGCCUUCUUCAAUGCCAUUGGACAAGAUUUUUCAUCGAAUUACGGGUCAAUGAGUAAGUCCCCAUUUAGCGACGUUUGAUUUUGUUCAUUCUUUAGGAUCACCGCAAGAUCGCCGUCUUCUGUCGGAUUACGAGAGCCCGGUCACCAGAAAUUCGAAUCUCGCCUACAUUCCCAGGUCUGUUAGUUUCACAACUUGAAAUAUUAGAGAUUUGAAAAUUUUUGAGUGUCCAGUUGGAAGUUAUUGCCUCUGUUUUUUGUUGUUUUUGUUCCAGAAUUUGGGUUUUAGUUUUUAACCAGUAUUUGCAAAAUUUAAAACGGAGUUUUCACCUAUGUUUUUGCUUCCUUUUUUCUUUCAUGUACAUAUUAACAUUGCACAUUUGUUUUAACUUUCACUGUUUUUAAUUUACCCUUGUUUUUUACGAAUAAACACGUCGUUUUGAACGCUUUGUCAACGAGUCUGCAUGUUUUUCCUAUGGCUUGAGUUUGACAUCACUAAUGGAGAUAUCUGUGCCUGUUUUUGUGCUGUGUUUGUUUUUAUUACACUGUAAUUUUGAAAUUUUCAAAGUAAUUUGAUAGUGCCGUCUUAUGGAGGUAGCAACUACAAAUAAUUGUCUAUUCAAAUUAUGGGUUCGGUUUUAAGGUCGCUUUUUUUAGAUUCAAUCUUUUUUUGAUUGUUUCCAAUUACAAUACAAAAUUUUCAGCAAUGCCCCCUCGUAUGAGAACACCUUCUCUUCGGCCAGCCCAAUGGCUUCAUUCUACUCCUCAACGCCGGAGCAACGGGCUCAACCCGUUCAAAAAUCGUAUCCCAAAACACUUCAAUCGAUAAACAAUGCCUUGAAUGGGAAGGGCCAUCGAUUUGCCUACGCCAUUCUUCGAGAACCAACGAAAUGCGGCCUGUGCACAUCGAUUCUCGUCGGAUUGGAUCGACAGGGUAUGUAGUCUGGGAUAUUGGAGUGUUUUUGAAGAAAGACAAGGAAAUCAGAGCGGGGAGUCGGGUUUUCAGCAAAAAGAAGUGUUUAUUUUACAUAUGACUCAAUUGCAUCGGCUUUAGCUUAUGAUUUCCUAUACUUGGACAGAUUUUUCUUUGGUAUUUCUUCCCUCCUAUAUAAAUACAUUGCUAGGCGCAGCCAGUUUUGUCUAUAGCACCAUAUUUUUCUUUCUUCACAGAAAUUUAUAUAUCUGCUUUAGGUAUGACUUGUCAGGAUUGCCACAUCCCCUGUCAUGUCAACUGCGUGUCCAAGAUCUCCUCGGAAUGUCCAGUGCCCGAAGACCAGCGCCGACCUCUCGGAAUCGAUCCGCAAAAAGGAACGGGAACCGCAUACGAAGGCUUCCUCAAAACUCCCAAGCCCGCGGGCAUCAAGAAAGGCUGGCUCAUCACCUAUGUCGUGGUUGGAGACUUCAAACUCUACCUUUACGAUUGUACUUGCGAUAAACAUGGGAAGCCGGUUCAGAUUGAGACCAGCGUUCGACAAGUAUUCGACAUGCGGGAUCCCGAGUUCAAAGUGGACAAGGUCACGGAAAAUGACGCAAUUCACGCCUCAAAGUCUGAACUGCCAAAAAUUUUCAAAGUGAUGUGCUCCCAAGUUCUGUCCCCUCAAAAUGGGAAUGAUACGAUUGGGUCGCAAAGCUCGACCAGCUCCAAUUCCAACCUUCAGAGCCCAUUGAGACAGUACGCCCUUCUGAUGACCGAAACAGAAGCCGAAGCCAAGAAAUGGACGAUUGCGUUGAAUGAAUUGAAGGGACUGGCCUCAAGAAGUGGUUUAGUCAGCAAAAAUGCGUACGGCAUAAAAGAAUUGGUCGACAUGACGGCUCUUCCUCUCUUACGGACAGCUCAUUGCGCUGCCAUAAUUGACCGGCAGAAGUUUGUCAUCGGCUUCCAAGAUUGUGGCUUGAUGUGUGUGGAGUUGGAUAAGGAGGUAAGAAUUAGUUUUUUCGCGCGAUUUGCUAUAAAGAACCGAUUUUUGAUGGCGUUCCCAUGUUCUUUUAGACGAUUACGCCUGUCGGCGGCGAAAAGGAAAACAACAAGCGGUUUGUGGAGAAGGUCGAAUAUGAUCAUGAGGAACAACUUUUAAUCGCUAUUGUGGGCAAUCAAAAAGACCGUCACGUACGUCUCAUCCCCACUGCAGCGUUGGAUGGCCGUGAACUGAAAUGGAUCAAAGUCCCCGAAACGAAAGGCUGCCAUCUGCUUUGUGUGGGACACGGUGCCGAAGGACAACAUCGGACGGAACCAUCGGCCAAUGGCUCGCCCAUCACGACCCAAUCCACCAACCAAACUCCACCUCAUUAUUUUGCAGUUGCGGUCCAGAAAAGUGUGAUUGUCUACGAAAUCAAUCGGUUGGAGAAGCGGCAUCAUCGUCUGAGGGACUUGGCUAUGCCUGCUCUGCCACAGACUAUGAGAAUUAUUGGCGGCCGACUUUAUGUGGGCUAUAUGAGCGGCUUCAGAGUCUGGGAUCUCAUUGAUAACUCGCAAAUUUGUAAGUAAAAUAUAAUUGUUUUCUCAAGAUUUAAUCUUUUUUAGCCUUGGUUAAUCUUGAAGACGGCUCUCUUCAAUUCCUCAAUAAGACCCUCUACGAUGCCCGUCUUCUGAUUCCAAUCGAUGAUACCGAUCUUCCCUCUCAAUACCUACUGGUCUUCAAUAAUAUGGGAGUCUACGUGGACGCGUAUGGCCACAGAUCCCGCGCUCAAGAGCUAAUGUUCCCAUGUAGAGUCGCGGAGAACGGGUUUGCCUAUCAUGCGCCAUACCUUUGUUUGCAUUCGGAUUAUCAGAUCGAUGUGUUCCACGUCCCCAACGGAGAAUGGGUGCAGACAAUAAACUUGAGGAAGUCAAGGCCCUUACAUGAGCAGGGCUUGCUCAGCUUAUGCUAUGUUGCCGACAUGCCUUACUUGGUCUAUCUGAGCGCGUUGAAUGAACGUAAGUGGUGAUUUUUCUUGUCUUUUCGAGCUUAGGCAAACAAUCUUCACUGGUAUCGCCAAAGAAUUAAAAAAUUGCUAGCCAAACGGUUGAGUCGGCCUUAGAAUCUCAAAUACGGAUGAUUUGGCUGCCAAAUAAUCAAUUCGACUGGCUAUUUUCAAAAUUUUUUCAAUUUGCUUGAUUCCAGGCUAUAAGCUUGAUCUGACCGAGAUGAAAAACACCUGUUCGGGUUUUAUUUUUAUCAUUAUAUUGUUGAUUCCAGCCGCUGAAAACCAGCUCUUCGUCCCACCCAAUUGUCAGUCCACGAUCGCAUCCGCCAAAGGAGUGCAGAAGCGGCGAAGAAAGUUUUCGGUGAGGACCAGCCGCGACGACUCCCAAAGCCGAAGCGAUCGCCGCUCAGCGCUCCCGAUUUCCGGGCCCUCAGGCUUUGUGCACGUGGUGCACAUGGGACCUGGCAGUGUUCACGACCUGCAGAACCAUUUGAUGGAUCUGAGGUCGCCAAGUUCGUCCGCGAACACCGCUUCAAACAGCACUCAUAGCUCGGAGAAGGUGGGUUGAAUUCGGGAAAUCGUCUUAGGGGACUUGCCAAGAGUAGUGGUUGUAUACAACGCGGAUUGAAUAUCGUUACGUUUGCCUAUUCUAUCCAUCUUUUGUAAUCCACCUAACUUUUAUCAUAACUUUUCUUCACUAAUUUUCGCUUCAAAUCCCGCUGUUUAGGCCCGGUAUCCGGCCAUUCAAGCCGUCCAACGGUCGGCCAGCGCGUCCGCAACUUCUCAACACGGCCUCGGUGCAGUCAUGCAUCAAUCACAUCCGAAUUACCAUCAUAGCCACCUGAAUCAGCCUCGACCGCUGAGCUCGCAUAGCAGAAAUUCGGAGGGUAAGGAUAUGUACCUUUGUUGUCUAAAUGUUGUUUUCUCGUUUGCUAUUUUCGAUGAUCUCAAAGCUUAGAAUGCAGAGGUAAUCUAUUUAACUCGUUAACAAAAGUACUUGUAUUUUGUUUUUGCUGCUUUUUAGUAUUUUUUUGAGCUUCUCUUACACUUAUACGCGUUACGACAAAGCGUAGAUUAAUGUUAUACGUGUUUAGUUGGAAAUUUUGAAGCGGUUUCAUUAACACAAAACUUUGUUUCAGGAUCAUCAUUGAGCAAAGACUCAAGACAUCGGGAUUCUUCCAUUUCUCAAUCCAAUAUGACCGGUUCUUCGAGUACUUUAGGUUUAAACGAUUCCAUGGAGAGCUAUUAUUUGGUGAGAAUUUUUUUUUUGGCUGGAUGUGGUUGACUAAAAAAAAUUUUUUUUUUUGAUGAAAUGACAUCUUUUUUAAUCGAAAUGACGUUUCUGUAAAAGUAAUGUUGAUAGUAUUGUGUUUCUCAAAUGUCUGUGCAAAAACUUGUACUGAUAAGUUUGCAGUCCGAAGCCGUGUACAAAAACCGUUCCAAAUGCAUCCGGGAACCAUUUUCAUUUCCUCCACAUGUCCUUUUCUAAUUAGGAAUAAACUGUUCUUGGAUAGAAAAAGAGACAUGCAGAGGCUUUGAAAAGAACUCUCAAACGCAUUUCGAACCACUUUCGGGCAUUGGACCUUGUCCGCGUACGUUGCAGCAGAAAUAUUCGGAAUUUUCGUUCCAGGAGCCCAUCUCUUCAACAAGGUCGGCCAACUCGUCCACCCCGAACGCCUCAAAACCGCUGCCACCGCCACCACCCAGUCAGGCCCCACCCCCGGUCCCAACGCCGCUCCCUACGCCACCCUCCUCCGUCCACCCUGGCGCAAACCCAAGCCGAACCACCCCCACCGAAUAA